CUUUGCGCCUGUGCACAGCGGAGCAACAAGUCGCAACCGGUCUGCAGAAUUUCCCGUUGCAUGAGCGCUCGGUAACCAUCGUCGUUUGUGUCCUUGAAGACCGAUUUAGUCUCGGAUGUGUGGGCUGCUUUGAUGCGACAACCACGCGCGAAUUACAGUGAGAUUUCAUGGAGAUACAGAUGAGCCGUGUUCGUCGUGAAAUGUCGGAUUGGAGUUCUCUCUGAAGAAAAUAAUGACGGCGCUCAUCGAACAGCCCGAUGACAUGGGCCUGGUGAUGCCGAUCGAGCUGACGGACCCCCAGAAAGAGGACGACCCCCAGUGCCCCGCUCACUUCAGACAGAGCCUCAUGUUACAGCUCAUAGAUGAUCUGACCUAUGAAGAUGUCAAGAAAUGCUACAGGGGUUCAACCGUCAGCAAAUACAACUCACAGUACCACAAACUCUUCUCAGCCAUCCCAAACGAGGAGAUUCUCAUGAAGGUAUAUUCCUGUGCUCUUCUGCGGGAUAUCUUGCUCCAGGGAAGACUUUACAUCUCGAGAAACUGGCUGUGUUUCUAUGCCAACCUGUUCGGGAAAGACAUCAAGGUGGCCAUACCGGUGGUCUCUGUGAGCUUGGUCAAAAAACACAAGACAGCCGGACUGGUUCCCAACGGCCUCGCCAUCACCACAGACACCAGUCAGAAGUAUGUGUUUGUGUCUCUGCUGUCACGGGACAGUGUGUAUGAUGUGCUCAGAAGAAUCUGCACACACUUAGAGGUGAAUGGAAAAAAGAGCUUGAGUCUGAAGGAGUUUCUGGAGGAGCCCGGCUCUCUGUCAACGGAUGAGUUUCCAGUUACCACUGACUUCACACCGGUGUUGAAAUGGCGCAGGAAGUCGUCAGCACCGUCAGUGUCGUCCUCUCUACCGGACCUGCUGGGAAACUCCACCAGCAGUUUGAGUGCAGGAGACGCCACGUACACGGCAGAGACCCCACUCGAGGAGAGACGUCUGGAGGCUGAGAAGAUUCUACUGUCUGAACCGGUGCAGGAACUCGGUCAGAUGGAAUAUCAUCUACUGAAGUUCUUCAUACUGCUCAUCAUUCUGCUGAUCAUUUCUUCAUGUUAUCUGGCGUUCCGCGUGUGCAGUCUGGAACAACAGCUCUCAUUCCUCAACACACAACCUUCAAUGUCCAUGAGAGACAGGUAACCCUUGUUCACACCUGUGCCAGCAGUGCAGAUAGCAUACAGCCGUCGCAGGAGAUCAGCGAUAAAUCCGCUCGAUGUGGGACAGCAGUAGUGAAGUACAGUAGUGUUUAGCUAUUCAGCCAGCGGAGGGCGAGACGGAGCGCCCCGAGCGUUUCUGUCCCGCCUGCACUUCUGUGAGGAUUCCCAACAGCGGGAACAUUAGCCAUAGGCUAACACACCUAACACACGUGUGUGGAGGACGUAUCCAGAACACAGGACAAUAUCUGCCGGGGUCGGACUAGACUUUCAUGUUACGAUCAAGGUUGUGAAACCCUCUGAUGUUAUCCGACCCUGAUGUCGAGAGACUGUAGAUGUCUGGAUAUCUAUAUUUUUAACUCACUGUUUGUGUUUGUCCAUCAAUGUUUUGUUAACAUUUAACAUAACCAAGCUGGAGUGUGUACAGUUACCAGUGUUUCCUACACUGCAAAGGAUCUUAAACUUGUUUUCAAGAGAAUGUGUCUUGAAUUGAGUUCAAAACAUUACACAUUUAAUUUAAGUUCCAGCAUUUUACAAGCAAAUUUAACAAGUACUCAAAUUUAAUAUAUUUUUUGCAGCUUUCAAGGAAGUCAAUAAUGUUCAAUACACAUUUUAUCCUUAAAAUAAUUUCAAAGCAUUUCCAAAACUUCCGAAAUAAUCUCACAGUUGUACACAAAUCGUGACGGUGUAUCAACGGAGGAGUUUCAGGUCAAAGUAAAGCUGAAAAUAAAGAUGAGCAUCACUUCUGAUGGAGUCUCUCGAUGAAUGUUACAGACAGACGGCGGGUGGUGCAGUUUCUCUAUUAUCUAAAUGUAUGUGUUGUAUCAAAAUGCAUUAUAGGUGGAGUCCGCAGGUUGUACUUGAAAUAUUCGCUUGCACGUCAGGCAUGCAAACACAUGCUAGAGGAUGUGGGAGAUCGAUAUUUAAUACAGUGAUUGAAUUGUUAGGUUGUGAUGUACGUGAGAUGACGUGUGUACUGCUGAUGUUUUGUACAGAUGGAACGUUGUCAUGCAUGUGAUUUUGGCCACGCUGUAAGAAAGUCAAAAUUGUUUUGUAAUUAUCUGACACAACACAGGUAGAGAGUAAAAUCUAAUAAAUACUUUCACCAGA